UUUUCUCUAAUAGCAGCACAAGUGGGGAAAGGCAAAAUAGCAGCAAUACAGUUGGAUUCCAGCAGCCGACUCAACGCGCCAAUUGCCUUUUCUAUUUUCCCCACACUCCCCCUACUUCACUCCAAAACCCACUUUACAUCCAAUCCAGAAAAAGCUUACAUACAUUGUUGAACCUGCAACUGUACUCUUUCUCACAAGAUUUACCCACCAAGAUUCAAGGAUCGUGUGUCUUCUAUCAAUCUUCAUCAACAUAUCAAUAGGGUCUCCCUUUGUUUUCGCUUUCCUGAGUGCUUCAAGAUUCAGGUAGCAGUUUUUACUCAUCAAGAUUCAAGAAUCGUUGUUCCGCUGAAUCUUCGUCACGGUAUCAAUAGGGUCUCUCUCUCUCUCUCUCCAUUUGUUCUCUCAUUCUUGGGUGCUUCAAGAUUCGAGUAGAACUGGUUUUUCCCUUUUGGGUUCAUUUCACGCCACAUUUAAUAAUACUAUUCAAGUAUAGAGUAAGCUGCAAAUCAGCUCUGUUCGGGGAACAAUGGCGACAAGAAGGCCUGUGAAUCCUUCUCGCCGCAUGUCGGAAAGUGGAGCGGCUCCAUUGUCGUCCUCACUCCAAUCAAGAUCCCGCUCUCCCUCUUACUUAUCCAUUGGACUCAUCAUUCUGGGGGUAUUUGCUGUCAUAGGUUAUCUUUAUCGUGGCCAAGGUACCCUUGGAAAUCUUAGAGCUGUCAGUGGGGUGGAAGGUGACUUUUCAUGUACUCAAGAAGUUGAACGUGCCAUUCCAAUUCUUAAAAAAGUAUAUGGUGAUAGCAUGCAUAAGGUUUUGCAUGUUGGUCCAGACACUUGUUCAAUUGUUUCCAGAUUGAUAAGAGAGGAGGAGACUGAAGCAUGGGGUGUGGAACCAUAUGAUGUAGAGGAUGCUGAUCUUACAUGUAAGAGAUUGGUGCACAGAGGUCUUGUUCGUGUGGCGGAUCUUAAAUUUCCUCUUCCAUACAGGGCAAAAUCUUUUUCUCUUGUCAUUGUCUCGGAUGCUUUAGAUUACUUGUCUCCAAAGUAUCUCAACAGGACCCUUCCUGAAUUAGCAAGGGUAUCAUCUGAUGGUCUCGUCAUUUUCACUGGAUAUCCACGUCACCACAAAGCUAAAGGUGUUGAUAAAGCUAGAUAUGGACGUUCGAUUAAAUUGAGGAGCUCGACGUGGUGGAUUAGAUAUUUUGUUCAGAUGAGCUUAGAGGAGAAUGAAGCUGCCGUCAAGAAGUUUGAGCAAGCUGCAGAAAAGACCUGGUACAAGCAAAACUGCCAAAUCUUUCAUCUCAAGUCAUACCAGUGAUAUUCAAGUAUAAUAUGUUUAAUGAAAUUAGAACUCUUGAUUCCAUCUUGGACUGAAGUUACGGCAGCUCCGCCUAUCAAGCGAAUGAUACGUUUGGAGAAAUCCUUAUUAGAACUGAGAUAUUCUCAGAAUUUGUUGUUCCUUAUAAAAUAGGAUCAUAUUCUUUUACAAAGAUAUAUGGGAAAGUGGAGAAUUGAGCAAUAGAGGUUCUCUGUCUUCUGUAUCAAAUAGAUCGGAUUUUAGGACCUUACUUGUAGAAAGCAGCAGCUAAUACAUCCAUCUUUAAGCCAUCACAUUGCACUGCAAUGGAGCUUAUUUCUGAAUUGAGAUGUGCAGCUCAAGUCUUAAUACCUGUAUACGUGGACUGCAUGAUUGCUGGGAUCAUUUGUGAGAAUAUUCAAUACUGCUUGGCUGCAGGGA